AGGACGUGGGCAGCUGAAAUAAAAAGAAAGAAGAGGCUGUAAGUGAGGAGGAGAGCGCAGAGCGCAUGGCUGCACGGUGACUCGGUCUGGGAGAUCCAUCCGCUGAAGAACACGCAAGAUUUACCCAACAAAGUCAUUUAAGACCCGGAGCACACGGACUGUGACAAGGAGCUCCGGUGGAGGAUGGAGUGGUAUGUGCUGGUGCUGGUGCUGAGUUUGCCGUCUCUGUCCCAGGCUGGUUGCUCUGAGCAGUGUCUCAGAUGCGUUCAACAGAUUUCAGAUCAAAACUCUCAAGCCUCAGAGCUGAACUCGCCGCUCAGUCGCCUGGCUUGUGCUGCGGAGUGUGAGGGAGCUCUCCAGCCGGAGGAGUGCGAGGAGGCUCUGCAGGUCCUCUCAGACGACCUGAAGGAGAGCAGGCCGGGAGGAGAGGAGGAGGAAGAGGGCGAGGAAGAGGAGGACGAAGAUGAAGACGCGGAGCUGAACCUGGUGAAGCGCUACGGAGGGUUCAUCAAGAGAAUCGAGAAGAACAAGAACAAGCUGUGGCCGUGGAGGGAGAACGGCGUGCAGAAGGCGCUGAUCGAGGAGCAGCAGAGGGAGCCGCUCUUAAAGCUGCUGCUGAGAAACAGCCUGAACAAGGGAGAUUUCGGGCGGCUGGAGAAGCGAUACGGCGGCUUCAGGAGGAAAUUCGGGCCGAAGAGGCGGAGCGGCGGCCCGCUGCUGGACGAGGAGGCCAGUCAGGAGCAGCAGCAGCAGCAGCAGGAGCUCCAGAAGAGGUACGGCGGCUUCAUGAGGAGAAUCCGCCCCAAGUUAAAGUGGGACAACCAGAAGAGAUACGGGGGCUUUUUACGGCGCCAUUUCAAAAUCUCGGUCAGAUCCGAGGAGGAGCCGCCUUCACUCCAAGACCAGUUUGGGCUUUUAAAGUGAAGUGGAAGUGAACAGAAACUCACACUGUCCCCCUAAAAAGACCUCACAGCGUCCCAAAACGUCGCUGCUAACGUGGAGCCAGCCCCCUUAUAUCCUCUGUACAGUCCUGUUGUUGUUAGCAAACAAUACGAGGCUGAAGUCGGUCUCUCGCUCGAACCUUCCGUUCCACCUUAAAAGCUGCAGCAGUUCCAUUGCGGAGCCGGAGGCGACCUGGUGGAACUGCUGCUCCGCUAAAGAGAGGCCGACUUCAGGAGCGUUAGGCUACGUGCUGCAGUCAGUGCUUGUUUAAAACUCACAAUAAAAGGGCAAAAGAGCUUUGUUUGCCGAAACUUGCA